GUGAAAUAUUCCGACGAUCGAUCGCUGAGCUGAUGAGGUCGACGCAAUCUGUUGUCCCUCUGUCUUCUCCGGUGUUCCGCUGGUGGGGCUGGCGCGCCAAGGUAGCUGUUGACAUUCCGGACUACGUAGUCGGUACCGUUCGUGAAUCUCUGACCUGAGCACAGAAGCUCCUUUCAAGUGUCGAAAUUCCGCGCUGUUUUCGCCCGCUCUAUUCGCAAUGAUUCUGUCGUACAGUUUGCCUACUCGCCUAUUCUUGAGGGCUUUGGUGACGGCUAUUGCGCUAGUCCUUGCUCUGAUCUCCAUCGUACCACUGUCCCUGUCAAUAUUCCUAGCCGGAUUCAGACGACAACCAAGGGCUGCUCUGCUACCUAGCAGGCGGCGUGCACGGUCUGAUCCACCUUCUGUGUACUUCGACCCUUCCCUUGGUAAGCAUGCUACAGCCACGGUCAAUGGCGUGGAGAUCUACUACGUGUGGUCGGGCGAUGCAGACAAGCCACUGAUGCUGCUAUUGCAUGGUUUCCCGGAGUGCUGGUACUCGUGGAGGCAUCAGCUGCAGUGUCCAGAGCUUCAAGCUAAGUACCGCCUUGUGGCGGUGGACAUGCGCGGCUACGGGCGUAGCAGUAAGCCCAGCUAUUUCCCAGGAGCCUAUCACAGCCAGCUGGUUGCCGAAGACAUGCACCAUUUCAUCAGAGCACUGGGAUACGACUCAUGCGUUGUCGCCGCACAUGACUGGGGCGGGCAUGUUGCAUACUCACUGGCGCGGCAUUUCCCAGAGAGCGUGGACAGACUGAUCGUUCUCGACUUGCCGGAGGAACGAGUCAUGCUGCCGUUCAUUCUGUUCAACCCAUCGCAGAUAAUCAGAAGUCUGUACAUAGCAUUCUUUCAGUUGCCCGUGCUACCGGAGUUCAUGUUUUCUAUCUAUGACUAUGAAGCGGUAAACGCCGUGUUCAGAGGGAAAGCACUGGGCGUUACUAAUGCUGAUCGUAUCUCAGAUGAAGACAUGCAUGUGUACAAGUGGGCUAUAAGUAGGCCAGAAGCCCUGAAUGGAUCCCUCAACUACUACCGCAACGUGCUGUCAUUGAUCGCGCCCAUUCAGCCAUUUCACAGAAGGGCCGUGGACUGCUACCCAAUGCCCACGCUGAUUCUCUGGGGUGAGAAUGACGGCGUCCUGGACUCACGCAUGGCUGGUGAGCACAAGAACAGUGGAUUGUUUGACGAUGUCAACGUGCAUGUGAUAGCCAACUCGAGUCACUGGGUUCAGCAGGAUGAGCCAGACAUUGUCAACAGACACAUACUGUCGUGGUUAGUGAGCAAGGCCAUGAAGUGAGUCUCAAACUUGAUCUGAGCAAACCCUGGAGAUGGAAAUACCUCCUGGUGUCCUGAAAUGGUGUAUGUGAGCAGGUCACUUGUCCGUACUUGAGGUACAAAAUGUCACACGAUCCCAAAGUAUUUUAUAAUGACGUUUAAUGACGUUUAUUCAGUACUGCGUUGAUAUUUAUUAUAUACCCAGACACAUCAAGGCUCAGUGAUUGUAACUCGUAUUGUGUUUGCAGCAAUUCAUGCUUACUUUUCCACCGCAAUGAGUCUUGCUUCUGUAGAUUCACAACCAACACCCUGACAAUGAUAAUUAUA